AUGUCUGGUCACGAUCACCACGAUAAUGGCCAUGGCGGGCACUGCCAUGCAGAGCAUGAUCAUUCCAACGACAUCACCCCUGCUAUCCAGUCUCUUCUUUAUUCGCAGAUUGACUUUGAUAUGAUCAACACCUUGAACGAGUCUACUCCUCAAGGUGGCGCUGCAAUUGUUCGAAAGACUUGGGCUGAACGAAUGAAUGACAAGCCUGAGCUCGAGAGUGAUGCCGAUGAGCAACUCCUCAUGUUUAUUCCAUUUACGGGCCAAGUCAAACUUCACUCUCUGCUCAUCUACACAGCCCCAACCUCCUCCGCACCCAAGACAGUAAAACUAUUCAAGAACCGUGAUGACCUUGACUUUCCCUCCGCUUCGGAACUCUCCCCAACUCAAACCAUUGAAGUCCCACAGCCCCAAGCCGGAGCUGAUGUCUUUGAGCUGCCUUUGAAUCGCGCCCACUGGAACACUACCACUUCGAUCACCCUUUUCUUUGAAGAUAACUGGAGCGACGGAGAUGAAGAUGUUACCAAGGUCGGCUACAUUGGAUUCAAAGGUCAAUUUAUGGCACUGAACCGGGAGCCUGUGAGCUUCCUCUACGAAGCGGCGGCCAAUCCUAGUGACCAUGUCGCUAUCCCAGGUGUUAGUGGUCUCGGAGGCCGUGUUAUGCCUGGUCAGUAG